AUGCGUUUACUAAUAUUCUUCCUAAUUUUCCCCUUAAUAUUCUGUGAUGAUGAAUGUGGAGUAUAUGGAGCUAACAGAACUGACGACGCCCAUACCUAUCAUUUACCUGCUAAUUUUGUGUUGGAAGAAAAUAGACUCAUUGGUGGCCUCGUAACUAAACCACAUUCUUGGCCAUGGACUGUACAGCUUAUGUUCAAUGGUAUUCACAGAUGUGGAGGAGCCCUUAUCGACAAUAACUUUGUCCUCACGGCAGCUCAUUGCUUCGCCAGAAGCCGAAUCCCCUCCAUGUACAAAGUUAUGCUAGGUGGACAUAAGUCCGGAAGUGGAAUACCUCGCAAUGUAACGGAUAUAGCCAUCCACGAUCUUUUCAACAUUGCAUGGCCUAACUCGUAUGAUGUGGCUGUACUAAGAAUCGACCCCCCUGCUAAUAUCACAGACACUGUGCGAAAAAUCUGCCUUCCAGCCUUACCAGCUCCUAUCAACGGUAUCUGUGUUGUUGCAGGUUGGGGAGUGUUAUCCGAAAAUGGUCGAAAGUCACAAGAGUUACGGGAAAUCCAUGUUCCAAUCGUCCCUUGGCUUGAAUGCAACAAUCUCGAGAAUUUUAGAGGAAGGGUACACUUGCCAUCCAUGAUAUGUGCUGGAUAUAGCCAGGGAAAUCUUGACUCAUGCCAGGGAGAUUCUGGUGGACCUUUGAUGUGCUCAUUCAAUGGAAAAUGGGAAGUGCAAGGAUUGGUUAGUUGGGGCAUCGGAUGUGGUCGACCAGGACACCCAGGAGUUUACUCCUCGGUGUACUCUGUACUUCCUUGGAUCCAAUAUCAAAUGUGGAAUCUCAAGAAGGAUUAA